AUGGCACUGAAAAUCAUUCUUCACUUUACUAUCUUACUGAUUCUUUACUCAGUGCCAAUCAUUGAAGCCACAACCAUUUUCACCAAAGAGAAUAGUACGUCCCUCAACCGAAGUAGUUUCCCUCAAGAUUUUAUUUUUGGGACAGCAUCAUCUUCUUACCAGUAUGAAGGUGCAGCUUAUGUUGGUGGCAGAGGACCAAGUAUUUGGGAUACUUAUACUCAUGAUUAUUCAGAUAAGAUAAAGGACAGAAGUAAUGGAGAUGUAGCCAUUGAUGAAUACCAUCGUUAUAAGGAAGAUGUUGAGAUCAUGAAAGACAUGAACUUGGAUGCUUAUAGAUUCUCCAUCUCUUGGUCCAGAAUCCUGCCAAAAGGAAAGGUUAAAGGAGGUGUGAACAAGGAGGGAAUUAACUAUUACAACAAUCUCAUCAAUGAGCUGCUAGCCAAAGGUUUACAACCCUUCGUGACCAUUUUUCAUUGGGACCUUCCUCAAUCCUUAGAAGAUGAAUAUGGUGGCUUUUUAAGUCCUAAUAUAGUGAAAGAUUUUCAGGAUUAUGCCGAACUUUGCUUUAAGGAAUUUGGAGAUAGGGUGAAGUAUUGGCUUACAUUGAAUGAGCCAUGGACCUUCAGCAAACAUGGGUAUGCUGAAGGGGCUACAGCACCUGGAAGAUGUUCACCCUGGCAAAAUCUAAAUUGCACUGGUGGGGAUUCAGCCACUGAACCUUAUAUUGUGGCUCACAAUCAGUUACUUGCUCAUGCAGCUGCUGUUAACAUCUACAGGACUAAGUAUCAAGUUUUUGGAUCCACUGACAAUGGGAGAUUAUCCAAGUUCCAUGCAGUCUCUGGUGGGGAGUCGAUUACCGAAGUUCUCUACCUAUCAGGCCAGGCUUGUAAGAGGGUCCUUUGA